AUGCAGAAGAAGCAAAGUCGAAGGUGCCCACCUUUCCCGUCAUUUUCACGAAGCCUAGUGAUGUUUUGGCGGGGCCUUUGGACGAUAUCAAAGUACAUCCAGACGCUCAGAUUCAACUGGACUACGAAGGAGAGCUCGUGGUCAUCAUCGGCCACGAUGCCAAAGACGUCAAGGAAGACCAGGCUCUCAAUUACGUAUUAG